UAUGUAGCAAGGAUCAAGACUGAAAGAGGCUACAGAAGGAACAAUAUAGCAGUUUGGCAAUAAAAUAGGAGGACCUUUUAAGAUAGGCAAACCUAUAUUCUAAGAGAAGAGAUUAAAACUAUUUUAAGAAAUUUAUCAACGUCAACAGGCUGAAAUGAAGAUGAUGCAAUAGACUCCAAUUAAAAUUACACUUAAGGAUGGUAAACAAAUAGAAGGUUUGAUAUCUAAUUUAAUUUUAGGUAAGAAAUGGGUAACAACUCCAUUGUAGAUUGCAUAAGGGAUAAGUAAGAAAAUGGCUGAAAAUAUGGUUGCUGCAAAAGUAGUCUAUGAAACUAUAUUUGAAAAAAGUAUUGAUUAUAAAAUAAGAUAGGUUUUGUGGAUGUUGAUCAUGAAGAGACAUCUAGUCAAGCAUCAUCAACUCUUAGUUUAAAACCUGAUUACUUAAUAUGGGAUUUGACUAGACCAUUGGAAGGAGAUUGUAGUUUAGAAUUACUAUCAUUUGAUGAUAAAAAUGGACAAGAAGUAUUUUGGCAUUCCUCUGCUCAUAUUCUAGGAUCUGCUCUUGAAGAAAUUUAUGGAUGUCAUUUAUGUAUUGGUCCAGCAAUUGAAGGAGGAUUCUUUUAUGAUUGUUAUCUAGGUGAUAUUAAGGUUACAUAAAAUGAUUAUGUGAAAAUUGAAAAAGCUGCAUAAGAUUUAGUUUCUGCUAAAUAGGAAUUCUAGAGAGUCAUUUUAACAAAAGAAGAAUGGUAUUAUUUAAUUAUUUAUAUAAUAGUCUUGAAAUCUUUGGAAGUAAUCCUUUUAAAAGAUAAUUGAUAACAAAUAAAAUACCUGACGGAUCUUUAACUACUGCCUAUAGAUGUGGAAAUUUAAUAGAUUUAUGUACUGGUCCUCAUUUACCUAAUACAAGUUAUGUGAAAGCAUUUUAAAUAACUAAAAAUUCAGCUGCAUAUUGGUUGGGUAAAAAUACUAAUGACGAUUUAUAAAGAGUUUAUGGUAUUUCAUUUCCAAAUAAAAAAUUAUUGGAUGAAUAUGUGAAAAUAUAAAAAGAAUUAGCAUAAAGAGAUCAUAGAAAUGUUGGAAAGAAAUAAAAUUUAUAUUUAUUUCAUUAAUUAUCUCCAGGAUCUGCAUUUUUCUAUCCAAGUGGUGCACAUAUUUAUAAUACAUUAAUGAAUUUUUUGAGAAGAUAAUAUUAUAUUAGAGGAUAUUAGGAAGUCAUAUCUCCAAAUAUAUUUAACGCUUAAUUAUGGAAAAUAAGUGGACAUUAUGAUAAAUAUAAAGAGAAUCUAUUCUUUAUAAAUAUGGGAGAGGAAGGAGAAUAUGGUUUAAAACCAAUGAAUUGUCCUGGACAUUGUUUAAUGUUUGAUAUGGUUUAACAUAGCUAUAGAGAUUUACCUAUUAGAUUUGCAGAUUUUGGAGUUCUACAUAGAAAUGAAGUGCAUGGAGCAUUAACUGGUUUAACUAGAGUACGUAGAUUUUAAUAGGAUGAUGCUCAUAUAUUUUGUAGAAUGGAUUAAAUUUAAGAUGAAAUAAAAAAUUGUUUAGACUUUUUAAGUUAUAUUUAUUCAUUAUUUGGAUUUGAAUUCAAAUUAUAUUUAAGUACACGUCCAGAAAAAUUCUUGGGAACAAAAGAUGUAUGGGACAAUGCUGAAUAUUAAUUAGAGUAGGGAUUGAAGAAAUUUGGAAAGUAUUUUGAAAUAAAUCCAGGAGAUGGAGCAUUUUAUGGACCAAAAAUUGAUGUUAAAUUAUAUGAUGCUUAUAAAAGAGAACAUUAAUGUGGAACAAUAUAAUUAGAUUUCAAUUUACCUGAAAGAUUUAAUUUAUAAUAUAGAGCAAGUGAAGAUGUUCAUGAAGUUUAAUAGGAUAAAGAGACUGUUCAUAAUGAAUAAAUAUAGGUAGCCUAAGAAAUAAUUGAUAUAAAUCGUAAAGAAUCUCAUUAAUCAGAUCCUGGAGAUGGUGAUUUAUUAAGUACUCCUCCUCGUCAUACUUAAUAAUAAAGUGAUUAACCAGGAGAAUUGAAAGUUUAAUCUAGUCAUUCAUUUUAAUCUGAUAAAGUUUUAGAAUAAUAGUAAUAAUAAUAUUAAUAAUUGUAAUUACAACAACAUUCACAUUCAGCUUCAAGUUUAUUACAUAAGAAAUAGAAAUUACCUGAAGAACUUUUAGAAUCUGGUUCUAGUUAAGGAUUAUCAAAUCAUGAAUUACAUAAAGUAUUACAUGGUAAUAAUUAUAAUAUGAUUAUUUAAUAGAAAAAAAAUAUGAAUUAGGAUAUCAUCAUUUAAAACCAGGUUUUGCAAGACCUGUUAUUGUUCAUAGAGCUAUUUUGGGUUCAUUAGAAAGAAUGAUAGCUGUCUUAACAGAAUAAUGUGGUGGUAAAUGGCCAUUUUGGUUAUCUCCUAAAUAAUUGAUUUUAUGUCCAGUGUCUGCCUAUUAUAGAGAUGUUGCUGAAAAGAUAUCAGCUAGAUUAAGAUUAGAAGGUUAUACUGUAAAUACUGAUGAAUCAGAUUAAACUUUAGCUAAGAAAGUAAGAAAUGCUUAAAUUUAAUAUUAUAAUUUUGUUGGAGUUAUUGGAGAAGAGGAAGUACGUAUUGGUGUUAUUGAUAUUAGAGAUUGUGAAAAAAAUACUAGAAUUGUAUAUUAUUAAAUAUAUAAAAUUAGGGUAAAUUAACAAUUCCAUAAUUGUGUAAAUUUUUUGAAUCUUUGAAACCUCCUAAAUCUAAAGUUGAGAUGGAAAUUCAUGAACAUGAUGAUACUCAUCUUAAAUUGAAUGAUGAAUUAUAAGAUAAGGUAUUUCUUGAUGGAGAUGGUUUUAUUGUUGGGCCUAGAGAUUAUGAAGAAUUUGCAAAAAUCAAAGAGAUUGAUCCAGCCUUAUAAAAUUUAAUUAGAUGGCAGAAACAUAUGACUUUUUUAGUUAAAAAGGAUUAACAAAAAUAAUAACAAGAAUGAU